AUGAGUAACGAUGUAACCAAGAAGAAGGGAAAGGCAGUCGGGGAGAAGAAGACUAAAAGAAAAGCCAAGAGGAGAGAAACUUAUGCAGUGUAUAUCUAUAAAGUUUUGAAGCAGGUAAGUGUCGGAAAAUGUGCUUUCAUGUGGAUGUUUUUUUUGCCUUAUCUGGUUUUAAAGACCUUAGUUUCGCCCAUGCGCAAUUAGGCUGGAGACGAGGUUAUUUUGCAUAUCUAUCCUAUCAAGAUUAUAUUUUAACCGCCUAGUCUAUUGAACUCAUGAAGGUGUCCACCGUUUGGCUCUAAAGUUAACCCAUACAAAUUAAUGGAGUUAAAAUAGGGUUUAUGUGGUCCCAACCAAGCAUUUUUGUAAUCGUCAUGUGUGGAUUUCAACUAAAGCUGUUUGUUAUGACCGGAGUCUAUCCAAUUCGUCUUUUUCUAAAAUCAAUUUUAUUGGAAGACAAGUUCAUCCUUAAAUUCCAAUAUCUAAUGUUUUGCCAUGGUUAUUGAAUGAAACAGGUCUUCUUUAGUUUCUGUAGUAAAGGCCAAAUUCAGUAUUUUAUCUAAUUUAAAAUCAAUUUUUUGGGAUACCUAAGGGGUCCUAAAAUUCCAAUAUCUAAAUGAUCCAUGGUAUGACCUUAACAAGACAAUAUGUAUGUCUGUUUAGAACCCCCCCCCCCAACAGUGUAGACUUUAAAGAAUUAAAGGCACUAACUACUACUACUGUACUUCUCUUUGACUUGAUGACAUGUGUUCUUUGUCUCUAGGUCCAUCCUGACACGGGCAUCUCCAGCAGAGCAAUGAGCAUCAUGAAUUCCUUUGUCAACGAUGUGUUUGAGCGCAUUGCAACUGAAGCAUCUCGUCUGACCCAGUACAACAAACGCUCAACCAUCACCAGCCGAGAGGUACAGACCGCAGUCCGACUCUUGCUACCCGGAGAGCUGGCUAAGCACGCCGUGUCCGAGGGCACCAAAGCUGUCACCAAAUACACCAGUUCAAAGUAG